GGGAAAACUAACUUUGUUUAGUCUCUGCAGCCUUGUGGCUCCACACAAACUACAAAAUGAAGUUUCAGAGCCUUUUUGGAUCCUUAAAAUCUGUUGUCAUUGGUAUGAUUCAUGUUAAAGCCUUGCCAGGUACUCCUCUGGGUUGUUUAAAUAUGUUGCAGAUUGUCAAAGAAGCAUGCGGUGAGGCAGAGGUCUACCUUGAAGCAGGCAUUGACGGUUUGAUCAUUGAAAACAUGCACGAUGUCCCCUACUCGUUCAACGUGGGCCCUGAAGUUUGCGCCUGUAUGACUGCGGUCUGCUCUGCUGUCAGACAUGUCUGCCCCACUCUGCCCCUUGGAGUCCAGAUCCUAUCUUCUGCCAACCAGCAAGCGUUAGCUGUAGCUUUGGCUUCAGGUCUGGAUUUCAUCAGAGCAGAGGGUUUUGUCUUUUCUCAUGUGGCAGACGAGGGUCUUCUGAAUGCCUGCGCCGGGGACCUUUUGAGAUAUCGCAAGCAGAUUGGAGCUGAUGGGGUUCAGAUCUUCACCGACAUCAAGAAGAAACACAGCUCUCAUGCUCUGACAGCUGAUGUGACUAUAAAGGAGACGGCCCGAGCUGCCGAGUUCUUCCUCUCAGACGGAGUCAUCAUCACUGGGGCAGCGACCGGAGAUCAGGCUGACCCAUGUGAGCUCACAGAGGUCUCCCAGUCUGUGAAAAUCCCAGUGCUCAUCGGUUCUGGAGUGACAUACGACAACGUUGAAAACUUCCUGGAUGCCCGUGGAAUGAUCAUUGGAUCUCAUUUUAAACUUGGUGGCCACUGGGCCAAUGCAAUUGAUCCAGAUAGAGUCAAGAGGUUCAUGGCAAAAAUGCAUCACCUGCGAAAGCCACAGAGCUAGUUCUCACCAUCACUAAGCUGCUGAUAAAAUAAAGAUAACUGCGUUUAUUUUAAAUCCUAAAAACAAAAGUGAAAGUGCUUUUCUUUCAUUUGAAAAUGAAAUGAUUUUAAUAACCUAAGCUAAAUAAACUAAUUUGUUUCAUGUAGCUUUUGUGACUCUAAACAAAAUUUGUUAUUCUGGACCAAAGGGAAAACCGGUUGUUUGGGCUGUGGAGGUCGCUGACCCCUCUUCUAGAUGUUUAUGUGCUUCCUAAGUGGCUGUUGGAAAACUACAAACGGGUUUCCAUGUUUUUUCAAAGCAUAGACAAUCAGAUUGGU